AUGGCUGGUAAGAGUCCUUCUAGUAGUCCUCGUCAUAACGGAAGGCAACAGGAAAAGAAAGAUUCAGAGCAGAACAAUUUCUUCAAACUGGGCGAGAUUCGAGUGGCCACUGAGAAAGACUGUGAACAUUUUAUGCACAUAGCGGACAGUAACGACGGAUGGAUCAGGAAAGUGGAGAAAAACGGGUUCACUAUAUACCAGAGAGAGUGCGACAACUCCAUGGUCAAAAUGGCGAAAGUCUGUGGUGUGUUCAAAGGUGUAAAGGCAUCCACAGCUUUCGACGUGAUUAUGGACAGUCAGUUCCGUAGAUCCUGGGACGAUAGUGUCAUAAACGACGCAGAUGUCUGCAAACUAGAUGACUGCAAUGAUAUCGGAUAUUACUCGAUGAAAUGGCCGGCUCCACUCAAGAACAGAGACUUUGUGAACCAGCGAUCGUGGCGUUGCUAUGGUGAAGACCAGUUCGUUUCUUUCAAUCACUCUGUCUCACAUCCUGAAUUGCCUCAGAAGAAGAACUUUAUUCGAGCUCUAUCCUACCUGACUGGGUUUGUGGUGAGGAGUGGAGACACUGGUUGUAACAUCACUUACGUCACCCAGUCUGACCCCAAAGGUAGCAUUCCGAAAUGGCUGAUAAACUUUGCCCUCAACAAGCUGGCCCCAGCUGUGUUUAGACAGCUGUACGUGGCCACCACUAAGUACGAGGCUUGGAAGGCUGACCACACACCAGGCCACAAGCCAUGGAGAUAUCCUGAUCAGAUCAAGCUGCCAUUAGUGGACCCGUCCCUCCUGAGUCAAGGCUCCGCCCCCACGCCCAUGCUAGAGACAAGAAACGAUGACGAACAAGAGGAAGAGGUCCCCAGUGAGGAGAGCAUGGAGCGUAUCGUGGAGGGUAUUGUUGAAAGCAUAGAGUUGAAGACUGAAAAGGCCAGCUAGUAUAUAUUAAUUUACGUAUUUAUUGUAGAUACGUGCAACGUGCAUUGAUUAGGAUGAUGUGAGAUUUUUGUUACUACAGCUGGUCGACUGAUUAUUAUAAUUUUCCGACACUUGUCGAUCUUUCAAAAUAAAUGUAUACAUCAACUGCA